CAGUACAAUCCUUGUUUCCAAACAUCCCAACAACUAUUGCAGUUCCCAAACGUUUCUCCGUCUUCUUUGUCGUCGUCGUCGUCGUCGUCGUCUCUCUCUCUCUCUCUUCUCACUUCCGGCGAACACAAACCAUCGAUGGACAACUCGGAAUCUGUCUCUGUAAAAGUCGAACCUAUGAUGGUGGACUCUCCGGCCUCCGGCGCCACCGAGAGAGCUGUACAACCUCCGAAGCUCGUAGUCUUAGCUGACCUCAAUUUCAACCCUCCUGAGACCGACGAUCUUGAUAUGUAUUCAGUUCAAAUCCCUGCUCCGAACACCACCAGGUUGACUAAUGAGGAAAGCAAUCAAGAAAAGAGUGUGUUAGUGUGCAAGGAGGUGGAAGCAGGGGAAGUUGAAAGUAAAAAGGUAAGCAAGGUGGGGAAAUGCCGCUCAAGAAGUAAGAUGGAGGUUUCGUCUGAUUGUGGAGUUGAUGCAGAUGGUGAGCAUCCGAGUCAAGGUGGAGCUCCCUCAUCUCGUGAAGAAAAAGUGAGCAGCCUCAAAAUGGGUUUGAUUCAUGUUGCAAGGAAGAUGCCCAAAAACGCCCAUGCCCAUUUUAUUCUUGGACUAAUGUUCCAAAGGUUGGGGCAACCACAAAAGGCGAUUCCAGAAUACGAGAAAGCUGAGGAGAUCUUAUUGGGUUGUGAGCCAGAAAUUGCACGGCCAGAACUUCUUUCGUUAGUUCAAAUCCACCAUGGUCAGUGCCUACUUUUGGACGGUGCUGGGGAUAAUAGUUCUGGAAAAGAGCUUGAAGGUGAAGAGCUUGAAGAAAUUCUUUCAAAAUUGAAGGAGUCGAUGCAAUUAGAUGUUAGACAAGCAGCCGUGUGGAAUACUCUUGGCUUAAUGCUUCUCAAAGCUGGACGUUUGAAGAGUGCUAUAUCAGUUUUGUCAUCUUUGUUGCCACAUGCUCCUGACAAUUAUGAUUGCCUCACAAACCUUGGAAUUGCUUAUCUUCAAAUUGGAGAGUUUGAGCUCUCGGCAAAAUGUUUUCAAGAUUUGUUACUGAAAGAUCAUAGCCAUCCGGCUGCUUUGAUGAAUUAUGCUGCCCAGCUUCUCUGCAAAUACGGUUCAACUGCUGCUGGUGCCGGAGCGAAGAGCGGUGAUGAUGCAUUUGGAGACAAGAAGGCAGCUAUGAGUGUUGCAAAGGAAUGUCUCUUGGCUGCACUAAGAUCGGAUCCAAAGGCAGCACAUGCAUGGGUGAAUCUCGCUAAUUCAUAUUAUAUGAUUGGCGAUCACAGAAGCUCUAGCAAAUGUUUGGAGAAGGCGGCGAAACUUGAUACCAACUGUAUGGCUACUCGAUUUGCUGUUGCUGUCCAUCGAAUCAAAUAUGCAGAAAGGUCUCAGGAUGCAAGUGACCAACUUUCGUGGGCUGGGAACGAGAUGGCUUCAGUAAUACGAGAAGGAGAGUCUGUUCCUAUUGACCCUCCCAUUGCUUGGGCAGGACUCGCAAUGGUUCACAAGGCACAACAUGAAAUCUCAGCUGCUUUCGUAGCUGACCCGAAUGAAUUGACUGACAUGGAAGAUCGUGCAGUUUACAGCUUAAAGCAGGCAGUAACUGAAGAUCCAGAUGAUGCAGUCCAGUGGCACCAACUUGGUCUUCAUAGUCUUUGUUCACAACAGUAUAAACUUGCACAGAAGUACCUCAAGGCAGCGGUUGCACGUUCCGGAGAAUGUAGUAGCUAUGCGUGGUCGAAUCUCGGUAUCUCGCUGCAGUUAUCUGAUGAGCAAUCGCAAGCCGAGGAAGUAUACAAGCGAGCCUUGGCCGAGGCGACACUGGAUCAGGCACACACUGUAUACACCAACCUCGGGAAUCUGUACCGCCAGAAGAAGCAGUACGAGCUCUCAAAGGCGAUGUUCUCAAAGGCGUUGGAGCUAAAACCCGGGUAUGCACCCGCGUAUAACAACCUCGGCCUCGUUUUCGUGGCGAAGGGUCGGUGGGAAGAAGCGAAAUUCUGCUUCGGGAAAGCCCUCGAAGCCGAUCCUUUGCUCGACGCAGCGAAAUCCAACUUGCUUAAAGCCACGACCAUGUCCAGGUUGUGUUCUUGCUGCCUCUCUUCCUCUACUCCUGUUCCUGAUUCUUGAUGUGAUUCUGUCUUGUCCAGAAAAAAAAACUUUUAUUUUUUUUGUUGUUUCGUGAGUUCUUGUUAGGAAGGAGAUAAUGUAAUAUAAAGAUGUAGUUUCGUGCACUGAUCCUUGUAAAGAUUUUGGAGUUUGGUUCUAUAGAUUCA